AAAACAGGUUUCUGAUUGGAGAAAGUUUAAAACCAAUAUUUGUGUUUGCAGCAAGGUAAAUAAACGUAACUAUCUGUGGUGAAAUGAGAAAUUGUUAGUAUUUGCCGUGUGAUCUUCAGAAAAUUGAAUUUUAAACUAUUAGUUGAAGAAGGUGAAACAGAAGAAUACUAAAUACAAGAAGAUAUUUGUGAGGAAAAAAGGAUAUUUCUUUAAAGGAAUUGUUGUGUUUUAGAUUCUUAUACUGUUAACCAAUUUUCGAAGCCGAUUUGUUUUUAAAGGUCUAAUUCUUGUGUUCCUUAUAUUUGUUUUAAUUUGUUUUAAAAACAACUUCUGAACCAAUUUUUUAAAUUUUGUUUUUGAGUGAUAAUUUGAACAUCGUGUUUUGUUUUGGAUAUAUUUUAAGUUAUUUCUGGAUUAUAUCUAUUUAUUAGUGAUCAUUAAUGGAUUUUUUAAUUGUCAAUUUUGUGUUAGAUCAAAAAGUGCUCAAUACACAAAAGUAGUAGAAACUCAUAAAAGUGCAGUGAAAUAUUUUAAGGAUAAACAUUUUGAUGAUUCAAAUGGAAUAAUACGAAAUGUGCCAAUUUACGCAGUUUCAUAACAGGAGAGUUAUAUCAAAGGGAAGUAACUAUGAUGACUCAAAACUCCCCAGAGCCACAUCCGCUUACACGUUUGAAUGUUACUCAGCAUGAUAAAAUUUGGGAAAGAGAACAACCGCGUAAUUUUUUUGGAUUUAAUACUAAUGACAUUGCCUUUUCUCCUCCAUUAAAACAUAUAACUCCAGAUACUGCCAAGGAAUUGUGGGAAAAUUUUGAUCCAUUGGACGCAUUAGAUUCUGGAAGUGAGUCUUCAUGUGAUACAAUGAUUAUGAUGAACACGGAAGAAGAACAGCGAAAUGAACUCAGCAUUCAACGCAGCAACCAAUCAUACGAACAACGCAAACAAAUUGAACGUAAUUACAAAUACGGUCCUCACAUAUUACCCACUUUAGAAGAAGACGAUACAGCUAUUGACGAGGGCUACGGAACAGACAAUCGCACUAACACAUCAGCCUCAUUUUCAUCUCCACUGUCUUCCAGUUUAUCAUCACUUUCAACUUCAGAAAGUACAUCCAGUAACGGCAGCUUACCACGUCAACAAACUACACAAAUGUCAAAGACACCUCAAAUUACCUCAAAUGGGCGUGUAACUGUCAAUAAUCGUCCCAUCAUGCCAGUCAGAAAAGUUACACAAAAUGUUGAUCGUCAAGAGAACUCUCAGUCAUUAGAAGAGCGACUUCGAGCUCUGACUACAAUAGAGGAGGAAGACUCAAAUCAAUCCGAUCAGGAAAAACCCAGCAGACCUCAAAACUUGCGUGGAAGUUUUCAAAAGCGUGAUUUUCGACGAUCAGGAGGUCAAAGUGCUAAUAGAAGUGGUCCAAUACAAUACAAUGGUACAGUCUCACAAAAGGACAAAGAGGGUGUUUUCAGAGCUGUGCCAGUACAAGUAGGUCAAGGUCAGGAUCAGAAACUCCCAAAUGAAUAUCAUGGUAGUUCGGGCAAUAUGCCUACCUCACCUACGUCCCGUCAGGAAUGGAUUAAUCGUGUGGAGAAAAUGGGAUAUGUACCACAUUCAGACGUUAAAUAUUAUGACACUUUAUGGAACGAUAAAAAUAUACAAAUGGGCAUGUCAGAUAAAUGUAAUGACACCAAACGCAUCCCUGUGCUAAAUGAUGAUGUAGAAAGUGACAUGAUAAUGAAGCCUAAACAAAGUCACAUGGUUUCUAUGCCUGACUUGCGAUUCGAUCGGCAGCAACAUCCACCUGUGAUUUAUUCUAAUGACACUCCUGUGAAAAUGCGUCAGAAAACUCCAGCGAGACGUGAUCGUUAUUCCUGGGACUGUAAUAAUAGUUCUCAUCCAGAAUUGACCAAUCAAAUUGCAAACAUUGAAUCAUGUGACUCUCCACGGUUACAGGACCAAUUACGAGCUAUGUCAGAACUGUCACUUGGUAUAAAAAAACCAUUGUACGCAUCUUCUGCAGACAUAUAUAAACUCUUUCAAGGCCAAGGUCAAAAUCAAUACGGGUUACCUCAAGGCCGAAAUUCUUCACAUCGCCAUAGUUUCCAUACUGUGCCAUCCUCACAAUCUUGGAUGCAGACAAUACCUCAGUCGACAGAGGAAGUGAAAAUGCGUCUGCGCUCUGGAUCAGGAUCUUCAAAAAGACCACCUCAAAAACCAAUGCGUGUAAGUUACGACCAAUCUUAUGGACCUAGUAGUUCUGUGCGUGAUAUGCCAUCUUUUGUACCUGAUGGUAGAAAUGAAAAUAAUAUGGGCUUAGGACUGCCAUAUUUUUUGCAGAUGCCUUUGCUUACCUACAGUGUACAUUUUGAUACCAUCAAACAAAUCUACUUCUUUUUAAGUGGAAGAAUAAAAUCACAAGCUCAUUAA